AUGAAGGAAGCAUCUAAUAUUAGUGAUGAGAAAAGACCUUUGGCAUCUAUUCCAUUGUAAACAUUCCUAUAUUUUGAUUAAAUUUUUACAGUAUUCAUAUAAUUGUUAUAUUUAGUAUGUAUAUUUCAUAAUAGAAAUUAUUGUAUUUAUUUACAAAGGGUAUGGAUUAUUUUAUCCACCAAACAAAAUAGGAAUUGAAAUAUUUUUACAAUUUCUCUUAGCAUUUUGUUAAUUUCCUCGAUUGAUAUUAGGAUCAAUUGGAAAUAAAACAGAAUCACCAUCUUAAAUUUUAUGGUAUUUUGAUAUAAUUAUUUUAGGUUUGUUUUAUUAAUUUUUCCUUGCAUAUUCUUUUAUAUAUUUUUCAUAGUUUUGUAAACUUAUGUAGUUAUUUUGGAAAUAAUAAUAAAUGUAAUAGGAUUAAUAUUUAUAAUCUUUGAAUUGUUAUUUAGUUUGUCAGCAUUUUUAACUUUCAAAAACUAUGAAAAGCAACAAUGA